AUGGAAUCGGAGGCAGGCUCCAUACAAGGGAAGGAUGUUCCAAUCAGGUGCCAUGAAGCUGCACCUACAACUGCAACUACCGCUCCGAGUGACUCAGCUUACUCUCAAUGGCUUAGAAGGCACCCGACAAGGCCAAUUUGCACUGCAUCGGAAUCGUCCCUUGAGAUGGUAGCCGAAUGGGUCGAGGACUGUUUGAUCAAUCAUCCCAAUUGUUCGCGCAUUACAACAGCAGGAUUGCCCACAAGGCUUCUCGACCUCGGCCCGCUAGCUUGCGACCCUGAGAACGGUUACGUCCGCUUAGUUCUCUACGGUUCAGUUAUCCCACAUCAGAAACCUGCCGUACGCGGCCCUCAGCUAUUCUUGGGGGUGGAGACAAUUGUUUCAAACUCACCUCGAGCACCAGAUCUGCUCUGGAGACCGGCAUCAGCAUCGAAAAGCUACCGAAGACCAUCCAACAUGCCGUCCACGUCGCUCGGUUUUUGA